CGCUUGUCGAUCCCAGGCUUGUCGAUCCACGCUUGUCGAUCCCCAUGGUCGCUUCGAGCCUGCUUCGCCACUCCGCCCUCGCCGCGCGGGCGGCGCCAGCGACCAUGCAGCAGGCGGGCAAGCUCGAGGCUCCCAUCCCGUGGCUGCCGCGACCGGACUACCUCGACGGCACCCUCGCGGCCGAUGCCGGCUUUGAUCCGCUCAAAUUUGCGGAGAAGUACCGCGAGGGCAUCAAGAUCAACGUCUGGCUCAACCCCGAGACCGGGCUCCCCUUCUCCACCGCCACCUCCGCGUGCAAGCCCAACACCAUCACGCUCGGCCCGAGCACGAGCAGCACAAAGCGGAGCUUGGCGUGGAUGCGGGAGGCGGAGAUCAAGCACGCGCGGCUGGCGAUGCUGGCGGCGGCGGGCUGGCCGCUGGCGGAGCUGUGGCACGGAGCCUUCUCCAACCUGCUCGGCAUGCCUUUUGCGCUCGAGGUGACGCAGGGCCGCUCGCUCUCGGUGUUGAACGGAGGCCUGGGCGAGGUCUGGCCGUUCCUGCUCCUGGUGGCGAUCGGCACCUCCGCGAUCGAGUGCAGAACGCUCGACCAGGUGCACGGCCUGACCGCGACCGGCAAGACGAUGCGCUCGGACGGCCAGGUGGUGAUGAAGUCGUACGUGCCUGGCGACUGCGGCUUUGACCCUCUCGGGCUGUACAACUGGUUCGGCGCGAACAUGGGCGUGAUGGACAAGAUGUACGCGGACAACGACCCCGGGUACGCGCUCCGGCUCGCCGAGUACCACCGCAAGGAGAUGGAGACGGCCGAGCUCAAGAACGGGAGACUCGCCAUGCUCGCGAUCACGGGCUACGCCUUCCAGGAGGCGCUCUACGGCACGCCCGUGGUGGACCAGACGCCGCUCUUCUUCACCUUCUUCGGGGACGUGCUGGCUCCGGGCGCGCUGCAGAGCCUCGGUCUCUUUUGAGUCGGCGUGUAACGAGCACGUGCUGAGCUGUGCACUGAGACCCGUGUGACUGUCCUCACACGCUCCCUGCCGUCUCCCGCCUCGCGGCAGCCGCGCCGCCGGUCGCGACUGACUACCGCACGGGU